AUGGCCUUUAUAAUCUUGAGAGUGGGCGUAUGGGCGGAGCCUAGUAGGGUACUAGUAGAGUACUGCGCGGAAGGGGCGGGGCAGGGGCGGGGCAGGGGCGGGGCGGAGCCGGUGGGGAGGUCUCCCCUGUGGCCCCGGACGCCUGCGCAAAUCAGCCCUCUGGAAGCUCCAGCCGUCGGGCCGAGCUUCACGUCUUCUCGCGCUUGCUGUCUCCUCAGCCUCCAGUCGCUUCGCUUCACCGGACGCCAUGCCCCGCCUGCUCAUUCUUCGCCUACUUCCCCGCCGCCGUGUGACCCAAUUGGGGCUCCAACCCGGCCGCCGCCUGGCCCGCUCGGAGUCCCGCCGCCGCCAGCACCCCAAGUCGUCUGUGGACAGCGCCGUUGUGCUCGUGAUGGUUUUUGCGACCUUCUUAGCACCGAGCGGGUAUGUGCUGAGCAAUCUGAGCGACCUCAGAAGAGCGUAGGUGGAAGAAGCUGUGGAGCUGCGUUAACAUCCGAGGAGCUUUCAGAAAAAGCGGUGGCUUGCUUAAAGGAGGAAAAGCGUUUAGCUGGGCUGACGCUGCAGCCAUUGUGGGUAUUCAGUUCACAACCGUGUGUUUUUGUGAAAGCUGAUGAGAAUUUCAUGAUGAAAAAUAGAAUAAGAAGAACGGCAAAAGAAGGUCAGGGAUGGCGGCGGUCACGCCAUCAAAUGUAUUUUAUGGGAGUGAAUGCACGUAUCUAGCGGCAUCAACAUUAAAAGAUUAGAUAUGUAGCAGUAAGUAAUAUGCAGAACCUGAGACUCAAGGACAUUAAAAGAUUGGUUCUAAAAUGACUUCACCUUCCGUGGAAUUCUCCUCCUUCCUUUGCCCCAACUUUUUAAGUCGUCUCCCAGCCCCCGGGCAGUGGGACCUCCCAUACUAAUCAUCAGCAGGAGAG